UUUUAUCUUCAACAUUUCGUGGUGAAACUCGGUCGAUCAUUGCAAUUCCAAAAGUUAUAACCUUACGUGGUCGUCAUUCAGCAGAUGUUGACUUAUUAUGUGCAAAUUCUGAUGGUAUGAUUAUUUCUACUGCUACUGACAAACAUAUAACAUCAUGGGAUGGAAAGCAAGGAAUAUAUUUGAAGAAACUUGAAAGAUAUAUGCGUCGUUGUGAAUCAUUUGGUUGGGCCGCAGCUGGAUUUGAAGAUGGUGUAAUUAGAGUUUGGGACAUUCACUCCGGUCAGAUCACAUACAUAUUAAAAGAUACUGUUGAAGAUGUAGAAUCGGUGAUAUCAGUAAUGACCAGGAAUUCAAUUAGAGAACGUGUUACCUGUUUACAAAUUGUUGUACCAAAUUCAUAUCCAAAAACAAGUUUUUCAAAUAACGAACCCGGAUAUCAUACUAAUUUUAAGUCAAAUUCAAAUGAUAAAGCACCCGCGAUGCUUCUUGCUGCCUACAGAAGUGGACAUUUUCGCGAAUGGGACAUUGUUUCUGGUCAGAUUGUUCAUACAAUUGCUACAAAUCAAAAAGGAGGCAUAAGUUAUCUAUUUGUUGUUGAAGGUAAACAAAAUUAUGAUCAAGAUGAUUUACGAAUAUAUACUGGUGCACGAGAUGGAUCUGUCAAAUGUUGGAUUCGUACUAUUUAUCAUUCGGAAGAUGAAUCAAAAUCUUCUUCUUCGGACCCUAGCGAGUCACCUAAAAGUCGAUGGAAAUCAUUUUAUACGAUUCCUGGGGAAUUGAAUAAUGUCAUUACUUGCAUUGCCGCCAAAGUUAUAAAAACCCGAAAUAAUAGUCUUGGAAUAUUAGUAACUGGUGCAUCUGAUGGAGAAGUAAGAGUAUAUGAUUAUUCUUCAGGAAAACAUAUUGUUACAUUAAGUCAAGGAACAACUGGAAAACAACGCGCAAAAGAACAUAAACAACAAUUAUUACAGGAACGAUUAUUACAACGACGAAUAAUUAAAAAUCAACAACAAUUUAUCCAGUCAAACGGUCAACAACAUAAUAUUAAGUCAUCCAGUCAGCAGCAAUUUAUUCGGUCAAAUGAAGAGACGGACGACGAUAGUGAUCUUCCACAUCAUCAAGAUGCUAUUACAAACAUUAUUAUCCAUCCUCUGAAGGAACAAAGCUGUCCAUGUGGAAAUGCCGAGGGAACGGGCGGUUUUACCAUAGUAACUUCGUCCACAGACGAAAAAGUACGUGUAUGGCAACUAACAAGAGAUUUUAUGGAUUGUACAUGCAUGGCGUUAAAAAUAGGAAAAAAUAAUCUUUCACAAGUGCGUAAUAAUACAGGUCAGCUUCAUCGACAAGUAGCACAAUGGAACGGAGUAGUAUCUUAUCAAACUAAAUAUGUUGGAUGUGUCAGCCAAUCCGGGGGUUCAGCCAUUGUGUUACUUCGAGAAAAUAUAAUUGGUGUUCGACACAUUAAACCUUCAUCGACUAAAUCAAAACAAGUUCCUAAAAGAUGUCAUGGUGCAGAAGGUGAAUGGGAAUUAUGGGUAUUAGAUAUUAAUGAUCCACAUGUAAUUGAAGAAAAGGAAGAACAUAAAAAUUCAGAUGAUGAUGAUGAAGUCGAAUUAAGUGUUCAAGUUUUACCAUUAAGUGGUCUUAGACGACGUGCUAGUGUCUUACAUAGGGUAUACCCUAAUAAUAUUAUCAAUGAUCAACAGUUGGCAAUACUCAACGAGGAAGAUGAAAUGAAUGAAAUAUUACCAUUCGCUUACGUACGACAAGCGGUUAAAGUUGGAGAUGAUGGGGUGGCUAUUGCUUAUGGCAAUUUUAUAAAAUAUAUACAAUUUGAAGAAAUGAAUGAUGAAAAAAAAUGA